AUGUCUACUAACCUCCAAGAUCCAGUCUCUAUAACCAUCACACAUCAUGGUAAACCUCACACAUUCUCUCUGCCUUCCACGGCGACAAUCACAGACCUCUCCGAUUCCAUCGCAGCCACUCUCUCGAUUCCGCCUUCAAACCAAAAACUCAUGGUUUCUAAACUCGGGCUUUUGAAAGUCCCCUUCAAAGACCCUUCUCUUCCUAUAACAAACCUAGCCGAUAAAAAGAUAACAUUGAUGGGUAGCACCGUCGCCGAAGCAUCUUCAGUCGUCGCAGGUGCACUUGCUGCAUCUCGUGCUGUCAACGGGUCUGGAUCAAGCACGAAGCAGAAAGUAUCCGCAUAUAAAACGAGGGAUUGGAAAAAAGAACAAGAGGAAGCACAAUAUACAUUUCAAACUAUCCGACCUCUCCCGUACCUUCCCAAUCCAUCAAAAUCUCUCCAGUUCCUUCAACGCCUCAAGGAUGAUGCAGGUAUCAAGGCAGCUAUGCGAAAACAUAAAUUCACAGUUCCGCUCCUUACGGAAAUGAACCCGAUUGAACAUACAACUUCCAAUCACGAAGGCACAUCUCGCACGUUGGGACUCAAUAGAAAUCAAGGGGAGGUAAUAGAGUUGAGAUUACGAACCGAUGCAUAUGAUGGGUAUAGAGAUUACAAAACUAUUCGCAAAACUCUGUGUCACGAAUUGGCGCAUAAUGUAUGGGGACCCCAUGAUAGAAACUUUUGGAAUCUAUGUAAACAGAUAGAAAAAGAAGUUGAGGGGAAUGAUUGGAGAAGUGGCGGUCAUGCUGUUGGAGAGGAAGAAUAUUAUGGAGGAGAGGAGGUAGAUGAUCAUGGAGGAUGGACCGGUGGGGAGUUUGUGCUAGGAGUUGGGAAUGCGGGUGGUGCAGAGAGUACGGGCGCAAGCUCAGUUUCGAGUCAGGGAAUGAGUAGGAGGGAGAUAUUGGCAAAGGCGGCCGAGGAGAGAAUGAGGAAGGUUAGAGAACAGAGCGGAGGUGAGGGAUCAAAUGCGGGUGGAGGGGCUGCUUGA